CGGUGGUGCACGGGGGGAUCGGUAGGGUUUUUAUCUCUGGCAAAAUAUACAGAAAGGCCAUCUCCAUCUCCAACGUAUAUAUAUAUACGAAUUAUAUAACGGGCAUCUAAGCACAAAUCUCAAGCUUCCUGCCCGCCGCUUCGCCAUCUCAACGCUGACUCAUCACGGAAGGAGGAGCAAGGAGUUCGCUGUUGCGCAAAACCCUCUGCGACCAAUUCUUCUUUGCUCCAACGGGUGGAUUUCAUCUCCACCAUUGGUAUUUGUCCUUGGAUUCGAUCGAGUUUGGACGUCUGGAAGAACGACUCGUUGUGAGCAGAACAAUGCUCACAUUGUCUGGCCUGCAACCCUUGAAAACCAGAGCAGCUAUACCUCAUGAGCUUCAUCCAAUUUCUCACUGCUUCCGUCGACCUUCGCUUUCGUUUUCAACUGUCAGUCCGAGGAAUCGAUCUAAUGGGCAUCGGAGCCUAUGCGUCAGAGCUCUAGAUGCUGCUCAACCUUAUGAUUAUGAGUCACAGAUAAAUGAACGCUUUGAGCGUAGCGUCAAACUCAGGAUUGCCAUUGUCGGGUUCGGCAAUUUUGGCCAGUUCCUGGCCAAAACUCUAGUUCGGCAAGGCCACACUGUCUUGGCCCACUCCCGAUCCAACUACUCUGAUAUCGCCACCGAGAUAGGGGUCUCCUACUACUCUGACCCCCACGACCUCUGUGAAGAGCACCCUGAAGUCAUUCUCCUCUGCACUUCCAUAAUCUCUACGGAAUCUGUGCUCAAGUCAUUGCCGUUGCAGAGGUUGAAACGAAGUACCCUCUUUGUCGAUGUGCUUUCUGUGAAAGAGAUGCCUAGGAAAUUGUUCCUCCAGAACUUACCGCCUGAAUUUGAUAUACUUUGUACCCAUCCAAUGUUUGGGCCUGAAAGUGGUAAAAAUGGCUGGGCAGGCCUACCUUUUGUUUAUGACAAAGUGCGGAUUGGGAGUGAGGAAUCAAGGGUCAAUCGAUGCAAUCAUUUCCUCGACGUUUUUGCACAAGAGGGCUGUCGCCUGGUGGAGAUGUCAUGUGCAGAGCAUGAUAGACAUGCGGCGGGUACCCAGUUCAUCACCCACUUUAUAGGAAGGACUUUGGGGAAGAUCGACUUGGAUUUGACACCCAUUAACACAAAAGGUUAUGAGACACUCUUGAAUUUAAGGGACAAUACUAGUGGGGAUAGCUUUGAGCUUUUCUAUGGCUUGUUUAUAUACAACAAGAAUGCUCUAGAGCAGCUGGAGAGGUUGGACAUGGCUUUUGAAUCAGUAAAGAAGCAGCUUUUCGGCCGUUUGCAUGAUAUACUUAGGAUGCAGUUGUUUGAGAAUGCUGAAGACUUGGAAGCACCACAAAGUAGUAAUGGUGCCGUAGAAGAAUCACCAAAGAGACAAUGAGGAAUGCUGGAUUCAAGGCUUUCUACUGGUCUGAUUCCUCCCAACUAAAUUGGGUCAGCUGCAUGGAUCUGUGCAAGGGUAAAGAAAGGAACACAACACCACCUCAGUAAAAUCCCACCUAAACAGGGUCGGUUACAUGGGUCCUUACCCUCCAAACAACUCUAUUUGAGGUCAUACUUCAGUUAAGACCUAAACUAUGUAUGUCCUUCUUCAUUACUUCUCGUAUGGUCAUUUUGGCAAUGCCCUUAGCUCUUUUAGAUCCUUCAAUCUGAAUCUGAUCAUUCCUCCUUACUGGUGCAUCCCAAGGCCUCUGUUGAACAUGGCCAUCAUGCCUUCAAACGACUUUCUUGGAGCUUGUCAUGAAUCGGGGCAACUCCUAAAUCAGUUCUAAUAUUAUCAUUCCUUACUUUAUCUUUCCUAGUUUUGUUGCACAUCCAUGGUCAAUAUGUUAAACAUUAUUCUAAUAUCAAGUUCUGAAUCUGCUGCAUGAAUAGAGUCCUACUCCAAGUGGGACUCAAUAUUUUACUAUCUAUUUGGAGGCCAUUCAAUAACUGAGGUUUAUUUGAUAUGUUUAAUUUAUACUCAAUAACAUAGAUCAAGUGCUGUUGGGUAUUAAAUCUGAAUCCGUUCAUUCAUACGACUUCUUGUUUGGUUGAUUUGAACUUUCCUAGUUCUGCUAGGAGUUCUCCAUAAUUUCAGAUCUUCCAAUUGGAUCUGGAUGAUAUUUUUAUCAAAUGUUCUAGGCAUCUAAAGGGGCACUCGACCAGGUUAAUAUGGUAAUCUGAUUAGUUGAUUGAAUUUUAAGUGAUUUCUCUCAAAUCUUGACUUUAUUUCUCUGAAUCGAUCCAGUUAUUGAUACUGGUUUUACAGCUAUAUCAGAACUACAUGAAGUGGUAUCUAUGAAGAAGUGUUAGGAGGGUGUUAUUGUUGUCAUUUGGUCUUGGUAGAUGAUGGAUGCAAUGUUUGUAUAAAAAAGAGAGAAUGCAUUGCUUGGAAACUUGAAUUGCACGUUGCAAUGCAUGUCAGGGAUGUUAAGUUGUUCUUCUUAUAUCCUUCUCAUCUGCCCGUUGGAUCUAAGAGUGAUAAACAUGAGGUUUAAAGGAAACCCGGGUGGCUUUCGGUUGGAAUUUGAAUCAGGUUGAUCUGAUAUCUGGAUUUGGAGUUAUGGCUCGAACAACAGACUGAUUUUCAGGACUCUGUUUUUGCACUCACAGUGGGUUCAAGGCUAAUUUAUGCUCUUUUACUCUAAUUCUGGGUUGAAACUCACAACAUAAACUUUGAAGGCCUCUGUUUCAACUUUCAUUUGGCUCAAGAAUCGGGCCAGUCUAAGUUCAGGAGACUAAUAUAUGACCAUUUUUGUGGGAACCAUUUCUGUAGUUUUUCUGCACUCUGGAGUUAUCUUAUCAAGUAGCUCUUGAUUGUGGGUUCUACACUGCAGGUCCCACAUCCAGCAGAUGGCUGCACUUGAUGUUGCCUUUGCAUUUUGGAGAGCCUUUUUAUCAAGGCACAGAUCUCUCGAUACAAAAAGGAGGAGUUAGAAGUGUAGUUGUCACGGCGUCUAGGUGACCCAAGGCAUUAGAGGGGGCUGGAUGUAAGGUGACACCAGCAAGGAAACCAGGGCAAGGUGACCGAAAUGCCGGGAUGCCUAGGCAUGGAAAAAAAAGAAAGGAAGUUUGAAGAGAAAAAAAAAAAGUGGAGAUGAAAAUAGAAAAGGAGAUAGCUGUGCAAAGGAGAACAGCUGAGAAGAAAGUAAUGGCUUCAUGCUUUUCUUAAAAAAGAAAAAGAGAAGCAAUUACAGAGUGAGUUGAAGAUAUGUCAUGCUACUGAAAUGAAAGAUAGGGUAUGCUGAAUGUUACUGAGUGCUUGAAGUGUGUAAGUUUUUUUUUUUUGAUAGGUAGGGAGGGAAGUAGGUAACAGCCAAGAGACUCAAAUUCAAGACCUCCUAGUGAGCAUGGGAUUUUUGCACACCACAGCUCACCAAUUGCACUGGACAGUUGUUGAAGUGUGUAAGUUGAUAGUUGGUAUCUGGAUAAAGGUAAGCUGCUCGAAAGAAUUAGUCAAUUGAUCUGUGUGGCUGAAGGUUAAUUGAUUGAUAAAAUACCAGUCAAUGUUCUGUAUUCAGUGGAGACAUUUAUAUUUGUCAUUUUAUUUUCAAUCUUGUGAACUCCAAGCGGAUGCUUGGUAGAAGGGUUGGUACUCUUGUAAACUCUAAGUGGGGAGUUGGUGCUUCUAUCUAUUAGUGUAGAUAAAUUAGGGACUGUUGUUCCCUGCAAUGGAUGCUGCAAAACUUGAAAGUGCAAUUCAUUUGGGCUAAAUUUGGAUGGUAUUCCAGGCAGUCUAGUUUCACUUCAAUCUUCUUCUAUGACUCCUUUUUUCCUCAUAUAUUCAUCUUUCUUGCACUUGAUUUCUUUUAUACCUGGUUAGCAAUUUGAUUUCUAGUUUAGAGUUUUGAUUCACCUUAAUGUAGCAGAGCAAAAUUAGGAUGUUUCAGCUGAAAACAUGUAUUCAGUUUUAUUAAAUGUAACAUAUGAUUCAAACUUUUUGAUGAAAUAAAAUAUGAUUCAAUUUUUGGUAUGUUUCAUCUCAAGUUAUGUUUUAAAUUUGCUUCUGUAAAUUUAGGACUUUUGAAACAUUUUUUAUAACUAGACUACAAACAUUUUAACCUUAACAACCCCUCCCUCCUAUAGUAUAUAAUGUAUACUAAUUUCAUUGGUUGUCUAAUUGCUUGAUCUUGACUAUCUGAUAGUAGAAAAUCUAUGAUAGGUGUUGGUGAUAUGACUAACUCUUUACACACUUCACAAGCUCUGUUUGAGUGUAUGUAGUUAUUUGUAGCAUUUAUUCAGACCCCUCUUAUUACACAAUGCAUGGAGAGCAAACAACCGGGAGUUCUCGCAGUGUGGUUUGCACAAGAAUAUAUGUUUGUACAUGUUAAUGGUGGAAUUUCUUGCCUAACAUUUUGCUAGUCACUUACAUUAAUGUCAUAUUGACUAUGAUGAAUGGAUAUCCUAUACCUCUGAUGAAUACUAAUUGUCAGGUCUCUGUAA